GUUCCGACUCUGCCCCUCCCCCACUUCUCGCAGGGAGCAGAGUCUGGGGGCAAGUGAGGGCGGAGGGAGAAAGGGGCCGGGCACUGGCUUCAGUUGGCGUUACUGAGCAUGCACAGAGUACCCGCGCAUGCUCAGUGAGAGCCAGGUGGUGCGCGUGGGGCGGGAGGAUGGGGCCGGUGCGCGUGCUGGAGCUGUACAGUGGCAUCGGGGGGAUGCACCAGGCGCUGACAGAUCCGGCCAUUUUUCUUUAUGGGAAGUGUGUGAAAGCUGUAUAUCAGCAGAAGUUGUUGCUGCUGUUGAUGUGAACACUGUUGCUAAUGAAGUGUACAAACACAACUUUCCCAGCACACCAUUGUGGGCAAAGACAAUUGAGGUGAGUAAUGGACACAUGUCUCUUUGUGCUCUAGCCAUCUCAGUUGAGUAUUCACUGCCACGUUUAGUGGGGAAUGUGGAAUCAAAACACUUGAAACUGGAGGCAGUAAAAGGAUUGCUUUGUUGGAUUAUGUGUAGUGAUGACUUUGGUCGAUUCCUGGAGAUGUAACUGCUACUUGAAGGAGAUGCACACAUGCACUGUGUAGACUGAUUUCAGAUGCCUUAUAGGUUAGCUGAGAGGGAUUUUGUUUUCCUGAAAACCUGCUGUAUAAGGGUGCUUGAUUACUGUGUCCAUAAAGGCUAUGUGGCCAAGCAGGGUGCAUCAACCCCCAAAAUAAAAAGAAAUGUAAAAGAAUUUUGUCAAAUUAGUAAGAGACAUUCAUUUCUUCUGCAUUUAAAACUGGAUUGGAAAAAGCAAUUUAAAAUACAGUGUAGGGAACAAUCCUGCACUGUUAGAAGACUGGAUCGACCAGGUGACCUAGUAAGUCUCUUCUCUCUCUAA